AUGGAAACAGAUAUGGAACUUAAGGAUCGGAACGUGGCUCACGCGCUCAAUGGCGGGCCAUAUACAAAUGUGGAGCGCAACGGCACCAAUUCUCAUAAUAGCGACGUGGAAAAGCUGGACCGUAUGGGCAAAAAGCAGAUCCUCAAGGUACACUAUCGGUUUUUGUUUUCGAAAACUCCGACCUAAAGCUUCGAUCGUUUCUGACAGAUGUAGCGUCGAUUUGGAUUCUUAUCGCUAUUUGGGUUCAGUUGCACUAUUCUAAUUACCUGAGAGACCGUGUUGGCGUAAGUUUCAUGCUCUCGUGGGAUUGAGGCAUACACUAAUUGUAUGAAUAGACUGUUUGCGUCAGGUUUGUACAAGUUUGUCGUCCGAUCAUUACCACUUUUCAGCGACUGGUUUCAGACCAGUGGAGGGCCCACUGGCCUUUUGUAUGGAUUUAUCAUCGCUUGGCUUUGUACUUUGUCGGUUUAUACUGUAAUUUCUGAAUUGGCUUCAAUGUAAGUCUUCCACACCAAAUGAAGUUGCCCAAAGGCUUACCGGUAGUCAUGAAGUGCACCCAUUGCUGGCGGCCAGUACUUUUGGGUAUCUAUGCUAGCGCCUAAAGGCCAGAAACAAUUUUACAGCUAUAUUACUGGUAAGUCAUGGCUUUAGUACAUAAAUCCGUUAUUCUUAUUGCUCAAUAUUAGCAUGAAGUCGACUCAUGAGCUAAAAAUUGAUCUAGCUUGAUUGACGACUAUUGCGUGGGUUGCAACACUUGCCACAGGUGCUAUAUACGUCUGUGCCAUUAUCCGAGGGAUGGUCAUUCUCAACCACCCAGAAUACAGUCCGAAGGCAUGGCAUGCUACACUUUUGAGCUGGGGGGUUAUCGCAGUGUGUAUAUUCCUCAAUACCGUGAUUAGCAAAUGGCUUCCCAAGGUUGAAGGCUUUAUCCUGAUUUUUCAUAUUUUGGGCUUUUUUGCUAUUCUGAUCACUGUUGUUUAUAUGGCCCCACAUGGAUCAGCGAGGAGUGUGUUCCUCACUUCUCUGAAUGGAGGGGGCUGGUCAAGUCAAGGACCGUCCUUUUGUGUUGGUUUCAUUGGAAAUGUUGCAACUUUUGUUGGUGAGUCUCACAUCCAAUAUAAUACUCUAAUAUUUUUAACUGUUCUUCUCAAGGUGCCGAUGCUUCGGUACAUGUCUUCGGUACAUGUAAGUUGUCCAUGACGGUCCUAUUAAAUCAACGACUGACUUUGUAAGAUGGCGGAGGAAAUCGAAAACGCUGCUGUGAAUGUUCCGCGGGCAAUUUUCACCACAAUGGUACUCAACGGCGCAAUGGGCUUUGCUAUGAUGCUAGCUAUCCUAUUCUGUAUUGGAGAUGCUGAGGAAGUUUUGGUAAGUCGAAAAGCCUCGGACUUAAGAUUUUUUUAUAAUAACCAGGCUGGUAACAGGCAACGGAGACCGGGUUUCCUUUCAUACAAAUAUUUUACAAUGUCACUGGCUCCAAGUCUGGGACCACCGUUAUGGCAUGCCUUGUCACCGCCUUGUCCUGGGCGGGGACCAUCGGCUUCACCGCCACAGCUUCCCGAAUGCUUUGGUCAUUCGCACGCGAUCGCGGAGUCCCUUUCCACCGAACUGUCAUGAAAGUAGGUUCUAUUUCUUGGUUACACAGGCACAAACUAAAUGAAUCCUAAUAAAUCAAACUUCAAAUGUCAAUCAGAGGUGGAACGAAAGUAUUCAAAAGGUGUUGACCUGACACGCUCUAUCAGAGAGGCACUCAAUGAACAUUGGAUAUUGUGUCAGCGACGAUUGCUAAUAUUUACUCAAAGGUCGAGCGCCGUACUCAAAUACCCAUGGUAGCCGUUGGUGUAGUAACGACCCUUCCCGCUCUUCUUGCUUUGAUAUAUAUCGGCUCCAGAGCAGUCUUUAACGAUGUGGUUUCCUUGUCCGUCUCCGGUUUCUACGCUUCUUACCUUCUUCCCUCCGCACUACUUCUGUGGCGCCGGACAACUGGCCAGGUUGCUGAGGCUGUAACACUAGUAACAGAAGGUAAUGCUACAGUGGGACGAGGAGGUGAGAAAGUUCUACAUAUGCCACUGGUUUGGGGUCCGUGGCGUGUUCCUGGCAUACUUGGCAUUGCAAAUAAUGCUUUCGCGUGCGUAUAUAUGGUUUAUGUCAUAUUUUGGAGCUUCUGGCCUUCAGCUACUCCAGUUACACCGGAAUCGAUGAAUUACAGCGUACUUGUCACUGGAAGUGUGAUUAUCUUCAGUGUUGCUUACUACAUUUUGAUGGGCAAAAAUCAAUAUGUUGGACCGUUGGUUGAUUCGGAAGUCAUCAUAGAAGAUAUUGAGAGGACCUAG